AUGUCGUUGGUGUUAGCAAGCGUUGGUCAGUUUUGGAAGCGCGGGAUGGGAUUGGUGCUCGACCGGUGGCGUAGAAACCCACCGUACUUUUUAUCGGACAUUUAUACCCUUAUGCUAGUUGCUUCCUCUAAUCUGAAACACAUCCCCAUCUCCGACAAACUUCGCUUGGUCUUUUAUCCUGAAAAAAUAGCUGCAAAAAUAGGAAUUCUCGUAAAAUAUCACAAACCCGAGUUAAGAAAUCACCGGGAGGCCGCCGCGACGCUCGAUGCCGACAUUCCUGAAGCCACAGAAAAAGUUGUUACAGGACGCUGUGAACAUGAUGUUGUGGCGCGAAAGAAGGAAAACCAGGAGGAUUAUUUUGAUAAUAAAAAACUUUGGGAUUUGAAGUAUGAUACUGAGCAUUUGGAAGGACUGAAUUGGGAUUUGACCGUGGUCGAGUCGGGAGAACCCAAAGUAUACUAUACUGAUAACGGACGGAUUGUUAUUCAUACCGCGACGCUGUACGGCCCUAGGGACGACGAACUAGCUGCACUUCUAGCGCACGAGGUAAUUGGCUUCUGGUUUGGUGCGAUUUUAGUGCGUUUAUGCGGCUUUGCGCUUUACUCCUGCAGAAGGAUGGAACUCGAAGCAUAUUACAUUAGUCUAAUGUUGAUGGCCUCGGCUGGAUACGAUCCAAGACUUGUUCCGCCCUUUAUUCGAGAAUUAGAGUCGAUUGGUGAUAAAUAUUACAUGGACACAACUCACCCUACUCCUGGGCGAGUAGCCGAGAUGCUUAGCCAAGAUACAUAUCCUUUUGUAGAAUCUGAGGCUGUGGACGUGGAGGGAAUUGUGAUGGCCGUUACUGAGGGUAGCAGAAGAGGUAAGGGUGUGAGGAUUGGAGGUGGAAAUGUAGGGAAAUAUGUUCGAUAUACCGAGAAACAGAUUGAGGCUCUUGAUAGAGUUUAUGCAGAGUGCCCAAAUCCAAAUCGUUUUCAGCUGGCAGAGAUUAUCUGUGAAGAACCUGCUCUGAGAGGCCUAGAUAACAAACAGCUAAAAAUCUGGUUCCAGAACAGAAGAAGUCGUGAGAAGCAGAAGAAAGAAAGUGACGAUAUCAUGUUAGAAAACAGGCGGUUGACUGCGGCAAACAAUCUUUUAAGGCAACAGAAUGAUGACUUGCAGGAACAGUUACCAUCUCAUAUUACCACCUUUGAUUUGGACCAUCUGCUUGAAGAGCAUCACCCUGAAAUGGGCAGUAAAGCGGCUGAUAACAAUAGCAG